AUUUACUUGUUCGCAGGUCUCGUCAUUUCAUUUGUCUCAUUGUGCAACAGAUAGACGGCCAUGCAAAUCGAUAUGCUCAAAGGACCAAUUGAUAAUCCUGUGCUUAUCAACAAGGUUUUCGGAAAUAGAGCAAUUGUCAGCGUUAUUUUGGAAAAUGUGUCAAAUCAAAUGGAACCUCUGUUGGGGUUAAGGAUGAUCAACAAAUUGUUCAACACAGAAGUUUUGCACAAAAUACGAAGUGCUCAUCGGGAAAUCCAAAUCCACAACUUCCAGGCUUGUGUCGAGCGGGUAAUCUAUCCUUUUGACAGACCAAUAACCCCUCCACCACCUCUACCAGAAAAUUAUGAAAGACCUCCAUGUACCUGUACAUUGAAUAUAAAUGCACACAAGACAGAUAUGAGCAAAGUGAAACGAUUAUUCGAGUAAUUGGAAACCAACAUUAAAGAUAUCUCGGAUUACGUAACACUUGACGACGUCACACAUGAUGAGGACAUUAAGUAAACGUCACAGGCUGAACCCAAUAUAAUUUUCAGAAAAUUCUGGAACCUUCUAGAAUUUUGGAGAAACUUCCAGAAAAUUCUGAUGACGUCACAAUCACUGGCGUAACAAAAAAUAAGUCACAGAUUAUGACGUCACAUAUGAUGACACCUAUAUAGUCUCACAUUCGGAAAAAAAUAGGUGAUGACGCCAAAUAUAUCAGCGUCACAGAAUGUGACGUCAUAGGCUCCGCCCAUUACAGUAAAAGAAACUUCUGGAAUCUUCCAGAAGUUGCAGAAAAAGAAGAGAAUGUUCCAAUAACGUCACAAAAGAUGACGUCACUGAUAAA